CUGGCAAAGUUUGUGUCGUCCCACUCGCAAGACGCAGCAACAUGUCCAUUAACUGGAACCAUUUAAAGAACACGGCCACCACUGCUUUGUCCAAAUUUUGAGCCCAGAAAAAAAAAAAAAAAAUCAUGAUGCUCUCAAACGCAAGCUUCUUGUUGCAUACGAUGACGAGGAGUCCCGACUUGACGCACGCUUCAAUCUCCAGAAAUGAGACAUUGCUGGUUCACGCCUGGAAAGAAAGAGUGGCUUUACCGAUACUAAUGUUCGCCGGGGGCGCUCUUGGGAAUAUAAUCGCUAUCGUCGUUCUCUCCAUGUCCAGACAGGAGAGCAAAAGUUCCGCUUUCUAUACCUUGGUUUGCGGUUUGGCUGUGACCGACCUGCUGGGUACAUGUUUGGCCAGCCCGCUGACCAUCGCCAACUACCUGGACCGACAGGUGCUCCGGGGCGGGCCCUUGUGUGACUUCCACUCCUUUUUGCUGCUCUUUUUUGGUUUAACUGGCUUGAGCAUCAUUUGCGCCAUGGCUGCGGAGCGCUACUUGGCCAUUUGCUGCCCCUACUUGUACCAGCGUUGGGGAGUGGACCGCCGCUUUGCGCAAACCUCCCUGAUGUCCAUGUACGCAAUCAACGUGCUCUUCUGCAGCCUUCCGAUGAUGGGCGUGGUGAGGAGUAGGUUGCAACCCUCCCAAACGUGGUGCUUCAUCGACCUGAGGACCCCGGAGCCCGUGGCGGCGGUUUACUCGGUUCUGUACGGCGCGGUGAGCGUGCUGCUCAUCGUGGGCACCGCCGCGCUCAACGUGGCCGUGUGCGGCUCGUUGCUGCUCAUGCGUCGGAGGAGCGCGCGGAGGAGGACCAGGAGCGGCAGGAGCAGCGUGCGCGACAGGUGGAAGGCGCUCUCCUCCGCCGCGGAGAUCCAGAUCAUGACCAUGCUGGUGAUGACGUCGCUCGUGGUGGUGGCGUGUUCGGCUCCACUUGUGGUCCGUGUAUUCGCCAACCGCGUCAUGCUGAAAGAUAAUUCUGAAGCCGACCUGGCCGCUAUCCGGAUCGCAUCCGUUAACCCCAUCCUUGACCCUUGGAUCUACAUCCUCCUCAGGAGGUCUCUGUUUCGCCGAAUACUCAGUCUAUCCCGACGAUGUCGGACUCGCAGCCGUGGCACCCUGCCCGUGCAACGGCAUCGAUUUUUUUCUGAACACACCAAGGGCUGCCAUGCGUUCAGUGAGAUGAUGGACACUUCGCUUCCUGAUGCCCCUCAAUGUCUCAUUACCACACAUGCAUGCCGUGCUUCUUAAAUUUGAAGACUGAAGGUGCACGGACACAUUUGCAACUUGGCACUUUUGGAAAGGGUCACGAAGCUUCAUUAAAAUGAUGGCGUCCAUUUUCUUUUACUCUCGGAGUCAGAACGGACCUGCUGUUCCAGCUGACUUUGUGCGAGGUGGAAGGGUAUGUGUUGGACCUGUCAAUCACAGAACUGACACGUAUUUGCCACAUUCUAUACAGACUCUUCUGUGUACCUGGCAUCCGAGUUUUGGACUGGAGAAGGAAGCUGGAGUACACAGAAAAGCCACGCAAGCAAAGGGAGAAAAUAUGCACUCACACAAAACACGACUACUGUACUUGACUUUAAAGAUGCUAUGAUGACAUACACGCUACAGUAUUGUGUAAAAAAAAAAAAGAAAGUAGGGUUGAAUAUUUAUUUGUGCCAUUCACUGUCACACAUUUUGUGUUUUUUCUUUAUAUUGCGUCACUCAUCAAGUUGGCUGUCCAAGGAUUUGCCCUUGAUUCAUCCUGAUGAAAUGCUGAUGUUAAAUUCUAAUUUGAGCUGAUACAGCAUUAACAUUCUGUAACGCCAACAUCUGUUAGAUCAUUACUUAAUCUAAGACAUCUGCAGUUUCACCUUCUACUGUAUGUAAUUGAAACCACAUUAAAAUAAGAUGAUUCUCAGAUCAGGAAGUUGAACAAAAAAAGAGGGCUUCUGGUCCAUGGACAUCCUUGAAUAAGCUCAAUUGUUUAUUGAAAUUAAAUAUUUCCAGUGUGUCA